UGACGUCCCGUAGCUCUGUGUGACGUCAGAAGCAACAUGGCGGCGAGAGCAGGGAAGCAGCAGAACCGUGUGGGGAGGAAAAGCGGCUCCGGGGAGCAGGAUGAGGAGGAACAGCCGCUCCAGGCCGUGCUGAUCGCCGACAGCUUCAACCGGAGAUUCUUUCCCAUCACUAAAGACCAGCCGAGGGCUCUCCUGCCCCUGGCCAACGUCUCCAUGAUCGACUACACUCUGGAGUUCCUGACUUCUACAGGCGUGCAGGAGACCUUCGUUUUCUGCUGCUGGAUGUCCAACAAGAUAAAGGACCAUCUGCUGAAGUCGAAGUGGUGUCGUCCCAGCUCUCCGAACACGGUACACAUCAUCACGUCAGACCUGUACCGCUCCCUGGGAGACGUGCUGAGGGACGUGGACGCCAAAUCCCUCGUCCGUUCCGACUUCAUCCUGGUGUACGGAGACGUGGUGUCCAACAUCGACCUGUCCCACGCCCUGCAGCAGCACAUACUGAGGCGUAAACAGGAGAAGAACAUCUCGGUGAUGACCAUGAUUUUCAGAGAGUCGUCACCCGGCAACCGGACUCGCUGUGACGAGGAUGAUGUCAUUGUCGCCGUAGAUACCAAGAGUAACCGAGUGCUCCACUAUCAGAAAACACAGGGACUGAAGAAGGUCCACUUCCCCAUGAAUAUUUUCCACAGUGGCAGUGACGAGUUUGAGGUCCGUCAUGACCUGCUGGACUGCCACAUCAGUAUCUGUUCCCCACAGGUGGCUGAACUCUUCACGGAUAACUUCGACUAUCAGACCAGGAACGACUUCGUACGUGGGAUUCUCGUCAACGAGGAGAUUCUGGGGAAUCAGAUCCACAUGUACGUGAGUAAAGAUGGCUACGGCGCACGCGUCUCCAACCUGCACAUGUACGACUCUGUGUCCUGCGAUCUGAUUGGCCGCUGGGCGUAUCCCAUCACCCCGGAGGCUAACUUCUCAGAUGAAGAGGGGCGGAGCUGCACACACUCGCGCCACAACGUUUAUCGUGAAGUGGGCGUCGGCCUGGGACACGGCAGCCUGAUGGAGGAAAACGUUCUGAUUGGACGAAACACAGUGAUCGGCGCCAACUGCAGCCUAUCAAACACCGUGAUCGGGGCCAACUGUCGCAUCGGCGACGGCGUGGUGUUGGACCGAGCGUUUAUCUGGAACAAUGUUGCUAUUGGUGACGGUGUGACGGUUCGUCAGUCUGUGAUCUGUGACGGCGUGGAGGUGAAACACGGAGUCACACUCAAACCACAGUGUGUGCUCGCCUACAGCGUGGUGGUGGGGCCGGGCGUGUCUCUCCCCGAGGGGACGGUCGUGUCUCUGCAUCACCCAGACGAGGAGGAGGAAGACGAUGAUGAAGAUGAGUUCCUGAGUGACGAUAAUGACAUCAGUGUCCAUAAAGACAAGACCAAACACAAGGCGUAUAACCCGGCUGAGGUGGGGUCUGAGGGGCGGGGCUACCUGUGGAAGAACAGCAGCGUUGAUGAUGCGGAGGAGGAGGAGCUAACACAGUGCAUCUGGGGUCUGGUUCUGAAGUCCGAUCCUGACAGUGAGUCGGAGAGCGAGGCCAGUGAAGGGUCACAUGACCCUGGGAGCCGUUCUGAUUCGCCCGAGCUCGAUGAUGUUAAAGUGUUUCAGAACGAGGUUCUCGGCACUCUGCAGCGAGGUCUGGAGGAGAACAUCGGCUGUGAUAAUCUGGUUCUGGAGAUAAACUCUCUCAAGUACGCGUAUAAUAUCUCUCUGAAGGAGGUGAUGCAGAUUCUCACUAAAGUGGUUCUGGAGUUUCCUUUCCAACAGCAUGGAGCUCACAUCACUGCAGCUCAGUACUCCUCUCUACUACUGCCCUUGUUGAAGAAGUGGGCUCCGGUGUUUAAGAACUACGUGAAGCGACCUCAGGAUCACACACACUGUCUCUCCACUCUGGAGGAGGUGUUCAUGGAGCAUGACGCAUACUGGCCUGCCCUCGCCAAGGUGUUGAUGAGUGUGUACCAGUUGGAGAUUCUGGAUGAGGACUCCAUUAUGCGCUGGUUCUCUCAGGGAGCACAGACAGAGAGGAGUAAAACCCUGCGCAGGAACCUGGGGCUGCUGAAGUUCAUCCAGUGGUUGGAGGAGGCCGAGGAGUCUUCAGAGGGAGAUGACUGAACACCACAUCCCUCUGUGUGUGUGUGUGUGUGUGUGUGUGAGAGAGAAGCAGAACUGUCUAUCUGAUAAUUAACCAAGCUAACGAGAGAAACGUGAUGUUAACACACGUGACGUGUUUAUUAGCACUUAAUCCUGCUUCAUGAUGCUUUUGUAAAACCGCUUUAGCUGUGUGAGUUAUUGUUGGACACGACCUUUGACCCUGUGACCCUGAUGAGUGAAAUAUGAUGUGUAAUAUUCCUAUAUUUCGAGUGGCAGCUGUGAGACCUGUUUAAAGUCUGAAGAAAUGAAAGAGCGUGUGUGUUUAUUUAUCCGGAGUUUGUACAGAGUUUGUGGAAGAUCAGAGGAGAUAACGUCAGGUCUUCGAUGUGUUCAGAGCAAGGAAUUCUGGGAAGGAGACAUUACUGUUAGGAAUAAAAAAUAAAGCUUGGAAAGAUGUAGCAGAGGUCGCUUUGCUAAUCUGAUCUGAAGCUGAAGUGGAGCACAUGAUGUAAAUCACAGCUGAUUU